UCCGCAGAGUAGCCUCUCCUUCUCUCUCUCUCUUCGGGAAGAUCGCUUCCUCCUUCUCCCUUUCCUCCCCCUCCUCUUUGGCUUGGUUGGGCUCGGGUCCCCUUCUCCCCGCCACGAUGAGCACUUUCGGCUACGAGACCUACUUCCCGGCGUACAAGCGCCGCUUCGCCGACAGCUCCAGCCGAGUCCAGCUGUCGGGGCUCCGGAGCAGCAGCGGCGGCGGCGGAGGUUACGGCGUGGCCCGCUCCACCUACUCCAGCCUCUCGGCCCCGAUCUCCUCGGUGUCGGUGCGCCGGAGCUACGCGGCUUCCUCCUCCUCCUCCUCCUCGCUGCUGCUGCCGCCGUCGGUGGAGAGCUUAGACCUGAGCCAAGUGGCCGCUUUAAGCAACGACCUCAAGACCAUCCGGAGCCAGGAGAAAGCCCAGCUCCAGGACCUGAACGACCGCUUCGCUUGCUUCAUUGAACGCGUCCAUGAACUGGAGCAGCAGAACAAGGUGCUGGAGGCGGAGCUGAUGGUGCUGCGGCAGAAGCACUCGGAGCCGUCGAGGUUCCGCGCUCUCUACGAACAAGAGAUCCGGGAGCUGCGCUUGGCCACCGAGGAAGCCAGUCAGGAGAAGCAGGCGCUGCAGGGCGAGCGGGAGAGCCUGGAGGAGAGCCUGCGGGCGCUGCAGGCCCGCUACGAGGAGGAGAUGCUCAGCCGCGAGGAGGCCGAGGCCCGGCUGCUGGAGGUCCGUAAAGGCGCCGACGAGGCGGCGCUGGCCCGGGCCGAGCUGGAGAAGCGGAUCGACAGCCUGCUGGACGAGCUGGCCUUCCUGAAGAAGCUGCACGAGGAGGAGCUGGCCGAGCUGCAGGCCCAGAUCCAGUACGCCCACCUCUCGGUCGAGAUGGAGGUGGCCCACAAGCCCGACCUCUCCUCGGCCCUCCGAGACAUCCGCGCCCAGUACGAGAAGCUGGCCGCCCGCAACAUGCACCACGCCGAGGAGUGGUUCCGCAGCCGGGUCUCGGUGCUCAGCGAGAGCGCCGCCAAGCACACCGACGCCGUCCGCGCCGCCAAGGACGAGGCCUCCGAGAGCCGGCGCCUCCUCAAAGCCAAGAGCCUGGAGAUCGAGGCCACGCGCGGCAUCAACGAGGCCCUCGAGAAGCAGCUCCAGGAGCUGGAGGACAAGCAGAGCGCCGACCUGGCCGCCCUCCAGGACACAGUCAAUAAAUUAGAAAAUGAACUGAGGACCACAAAGAGUGAAAUGGCCAGGUAUCUGAAGGAAUAUCAAGAUCUUCUAAAUGUCAAAAUGGCUCUGGACAUUGAAAUUGCAGCAUACAGAAAACUCCUUGAAGGUGAAGAGACUCGUCUUAGUUUCACUAGUGUUGGAAGCAUAAGCAGUAGCUACACGCAGGGUGCCACAACCUUUGGGAGAUCUGCCUACAGUGGUCUACAGAGCGGUUCCUACUUGAUGUCAGCCCGUUCCUUCCCCGCCUACUACUCUAGCCAUGUGCAAGAAGAACAGAUAGAAGUUGAGGAGACUAUUGAAGCAUCCAAAGUAGAAGAAGCCAAAGAAUCUCCACCUUCAGAAGGAGAGGAAGAAGAGAAAGAAGAGGGUGAAGAAGAGGGAGAAGGAGAAGGAGAAGGAGAGGAGGGAGAGGGGGAAGAAGAAGGAGAAGAAGGAGAAGAAGAAGAAGGGACCAAGGAAGAAACAGAAGAAUCCAAAGAGGAAGAAGAAGGAGAAGGGGAGGGUGAGGGAGAGGAAGAAGAAGGAGCAGAAGGUGAAGAAGGAGAGAAAAAGGAAGGUGAAGAUGAAGAAGCUGGCGAAAAGGAAGCACCCAAAGGGAAGAAGAAAGAUUGAUAAUGGGCCACAGUACUUUGGUUUCCCAGAUAAUUUAACAGAUUGAGCUAAAGUUGCUGCACUACACAUUUAAGUCCCACAAAAUGUCUGUAGGUUAAAAGAAGUUAAUUGUCUGGUUUGUUUUUUUGUUUUCUUUUUCAAUGCAAAGUAACCCGAACGCUUGCAGAGUGUCCCAGCGGCUGCCCCCAAACUGCGCAUGGUUGUUUUUACGAGUCCCAGAGCAACGUGCAAUUUGGCAGAUUUCAAACCCAAAAUGUUAAAGGCAGGAGGGAAAACCUGGGAAAGCCACUGAAAGGAUUGAUGGGGGGGAAGGGGAGGGAGAGACGUCUAAACUCAAUUUAAAAAGCUGUACCGGAAACCUUGGAUGGUGAAAAUAAUGAAGUCUGUGCAAUCAACCUAGUCAAUAAAGUUACAGAGCUGCAUACACAA